CCCUCUGAUCCACUUCGCUUAUGCUGCAAGACCACAAAAUAAUGAGCAUCCAAGAAACAAAACAGCAUUCCUAUUUUAGGACGCCGACAUAGUCCGCGAGAAGUCACGACAUUUUUCACCAUAUUUUAUGUAUGCAAUUGUGAUCGAAUCGAAGACUCCUUACUCCAAAAUCCAACACAGGAAUAAGGUAUGGGGAUUCAAAUUUUUAACCUAAGAAAUAAAUUAAAUGUGAAAAAAUCGCAUGUUAUAAUAGUUUAAUUAAAAACCAUCAGCCAACAAUUAUUUUGUCCACUAUCAAAGGCGCACUGUUUUAUUGGUAAAGUAAAAAAAAAAUCUAAAGAAGAAUAAAGAAAGUACUAAAUUGCUAAAUCCUUAGCUUCUCCCCACUUAAAAAAUGACUAAAAAAAUAACGACAAAGAAUAAAAAGGCCGCGAACUCGUCAAAAGCAAUUGCAUGCCCAGACUUCAAAGUAAUAAACACAGUUAGGCAAGUGAAACACAAUUCCGAAAUAGAGAUUGAUGAAAUAUCCAUUCACAAUUACGUGAGCCAAAGUAAUAAAUACGUCAGAAAACUUUUGAUUUAUUUCUCCCCCGGAUCGCCCAUUAACCAUGCCCAUGUUCAAUAAUGACUUCACUCUAACGGGCAAUUAUUUCUAAGUAGUUGAGGGCGAUUUGAGGAAUCUUACGGGAUGCGAUGCAUAAGCAAGGGGGAGUUGCGAGCAGAUGGUAAGAUCACCUGUGCAACGUACAUAUUUUACUUAGAAAUAGAAACAGAAAAAGCAAAACAAAUAGAAAAUCAAGGGGACCUAGUUUAAUACGAGAAGUACUGAUACAACUAGAAAUGUUAACUAUCAAGGAUUUUAUCUUGGUUAAUACUAUUCAUAGAUUGAAAAUUUGUUCGUUAUGAAAUUAUGUGACAGGAGAGGAAUAAUAAUAAAAAAAACCACAAUAUCGAAAUUGUAUGUGCUAGGAGUAAUUGCCUUUGGUUAUACUAUUCAUAAGGAGACAAAUUCAUUUACAGGAUACAUAUUUUCAUGUCACAGCAGAAAAUGGACGAAAAUAAAUAAAAAAGAAAUGAAAACUUAGCAUAGCUUUUAUUCAGCAAUGGUCGCUGCAUAUUUGCUAGAAAAAAUAUAUUAGACAUCAUUCACAUCUAUAUAAUAAACCACAAAAUAAGCAACAUUCGGAUAUAAUAAAUAAAGACAAAGAAAGACAGAUUUAGCAUAGUUUGUAUUUAGAAUUGGUCGGCGAGUUUUACUAGAUAAAAUUAUGAGAUCUAUUCCAAUAAGGAAUUCCCAUUCGUAAAGGCAAAAGGUUUAUAUUCAUGCCAUAGCGGGGGUGAUAAUAAAAGACAACACGAUCGUGAUCAGCUUUGGUUGGCGAUCUUUUGCUAAAGAAAACAAUUCUCGUGAUAUAUCACCUGCUCAUUUGGAAACUUUCGUUGGUGGGAAAGGCUUAUGUUUAUUGUACAUAGCAAGGGCAAAGUCAAGAAAAGAAAAGAAGGAAGGAUUUGCCACGCUUUCUAUUGAGAACAGGUCGGCGCAUUUGUAAUGGGAACCAGUUUAGCAUUAUUCACCAGUUUGCAAGGGUGACGAUGAAGCAACUACGAUGCGGGUAGUCAGUUGGCAAAGAAGGCAUUCAUUCAGAGCAGCCAAUUACUGCUUCCUUCGGAGAGGAUCAAAGCGCUCUGUUUGUCCGAUUGGGUAGUUUUGAAGACCACGAAUGCAAGUCGAAGGGGAAAGAUAAGGGGCCUUUUCUAACGAAUUAUCGUCCUUCGUAUCGUCCUUCCAUUAGUCGUUCAACGACAUAGGGUUACAAAGAGCGCGUCUUCGCCAUUGGAAAAACAAUUUUAAAAAUUCAGUUAAGUUUAUGCACCGAUACCAAGACAACAGCGAAAUGCCAACACUCGAAAAGGGUCAUAGAAAGACAUCGUAAAGUUGAAUAAUAAAAUGCGCUUUAAUAGACAUCAAGACAUCUGGAGUAUACUAAAUCGAAACGAAGUAAGCUUUACAGAAUAAAUAUCAACAGAAGAAAAUACUAUGGCUUUCAAGUAAGGAAGGAGCAAGAAUCUCGUACUAGGUUUCUGGAAAUAGGCAAGGAAGUCGUAACGAUUCCUGGUAAUGCGAUACUGCCAUAUUACAAAUGUAACAUUUACUUGCCAUUUACAGAGCGAAGCAGGUUUAUUGGCAGACGUGAAACAAUUACACACAAAACAAACGAGCCAAAGAUAAGGAAGUGGGCAAGCAAAGACACAAAGAACGGAUUAAGUAGACUGCAAAACAAAGAAACAAAACAAAGAAACGUGAAAACAAAAGAAAAUAACAAAAGCGCACACACAAGCAAGCAAAUUAACAUGCAAACAAACAGGCAAGAUUGGACGGCCGGUUAACAACUCGAAAACUACUUUGCUUAAACUUUCUAGCAAACAUUCUACCACUGGACGAGAAAAAAAAACAUUAAACUGGCAGGAAUAUGAUUGAAGGAAACCUUAGCAAUGCAGCCAGCACUAUCAGGUCUCAGUUGGGCUCUAGGAUCGUGUUCAUCGCCGCCAAUACAUUGAUCGGUCUGGUGGCCAUUAUCGGCAACACGCUUCUUCUCGCCUCAGUGAACAAGACUCGCGCCUUACAGACCAUCUCUAACGCGUUCGUGUGCUCCCUGGCGCUAGCUGACCUACUGGUAGGGCUUAUAGCCGCGCCACUUAACAUCCUACGGGUCGAGUCCACCCACAACGCCUUCAACAAGGCCUUUGACCUUAGCGUUAUCCACAGCCUUGUGGCAGCGACCUUUAGCUUGACCGCGGUCUCGUGCGAUCGCUUUAUCGCAAUAUCGCGGCCACUACGUUAUCCGUCACUCAUGACGCCUAAAGUCACUACUAAAGUACUCGCACUCAUAUGGUUCACUGCUACCAUAGAGGCGAUACCCAGUGUAUUCCUGUACGGCCGAGCACUCAUGGUGUACUGGGUAACCCACGUGAUCCUGACCGUGAUGCUCCCCGCGUGUGUCGUCAUAGUGUGUUACGUAAAGAUCUUCAAGAUCGCGAAACGACACUCGCGUGAUGAAAGGGUGCGACCGAGUGCCGCGGUUGUGGAUGCGACCUUCUCGGUCAAUUACCAUAACAGCAAUGCCGCGCAGACUUUUGCCAUAAUCAUCGCGAUAUUUGUAGUGUCAUUUUUACCUAAUUUGGUUUGUAAUUUAAUGGACGCGGCUUUGUACGCCGCGAGAGAUGGUAUGCUGCCCGAGUACUUCUUCUGGUCAAACUGCGUGAUGUUCCUCAGUUCAGCCAUCAAUCCGAUGAUUUAUGGCGCUCGGAACAAGGAAUUUAGGUCGGCGUUUAAAAGACUUUGUCUGAUUUAGACAGUACGAUUUAGUCGUAUGCGACCUGCCUACGACAAUGUAUUUAACUCUGAACUACAAACUAAAAAUUUCGUAGUCGAGCAUAGUAGCGGAGUCGUAGGCUGAUUUACACUAAGACUCGAGUUGUAAAAGUGUCACGGGCAAGUCGAAUACGACUAAAUCGUGCCAUCUAAAUCAGCCUUUAGCGACAGAUAAAACAAGGCCAGGUUAGUGGAUACCGUAUCUGUUACGCACCUAGUUUCCCGUGCUCCAAAUAAGAGGGAACUUCAUGGUUCAGAUUUUAACCUAAACUAUAUGGUUCUUUUUUGAGGGCGCGUCUCAAAAUAGGACACAUCUCAGUCAAAUUAGAGGGAAUUGCAUGGUUUAGAUUUUAACCUAAACUAUAUGGUUCUUUUUUGAGGGCGCGUCUCAAAAUAGGACACAUUUCAGCCAAAUUAGAGGUAAUUUCGUGGUUUAGAAUUUAGCCGAGACAAUGUUCCUCGUGCCUCUGGGCUAUCAAAUGCCACUUAAGACAGUUUAUUUAAUAAGCCGUUACCAACAAGACAUUUUGUAGCCUUCUAAAAUGGCCAUACACUCUUAUAAGAGGACAUAGACCCACAGAAGGAUGAUCUCUAAGCAUUAGAAGUUUGGUUUUAAAUGUAAACUUUUA